GAUUGAACCGCGAACGCAGCACUGAGGAAGAGCACCGGUGGUCAACGGAGCACAUCAGUCAGAGAAAAUGAGUGAGUUGGAGGACGUCAGCCACCACAUUCAUGACAGGAUAUCAUCCUUACAACGCUUGCUGGAUCUGUCAGUUGUUGAAUUGCCUCAAAAUAAGAUUCAGAAACUUGGACAAGAACUCUUUGCACUCGAGAGACUUCUGGAGGAGUUUGAACAAUGUGUUUGCCAACAGAAAGAGCAGCUAAAGCAUCUGAAGGAACUUCAGGGGUCAUUCCAGAAGGAUUUUGAGGAUGUCCAGCACCUUAAGGACAACAUACCUGCACACAUGCCCAGGAAGAAAGUCCCAACAAAUGGAAGUGAACCAUUGAACCAGAAAGACGCGGCGGAUGUUCAGCCAGCUCAGCAGGAAAAUGUCAAGAAGACCAACAAGAGCUUUGUCAGAGAGAUGGAGUUUAUCACCCUGCCAGAGUUUGAGAGCAUCCCUCAGUACAUGAAGGGACGUGUUUCAUAUGAUCAGCUUAAUGCUGCGGUGCAGAGUAUUAACACAGCUGUGAAGGCAAAGUAUAAGAUCCUCCAUCAGUCGGUGAGAACUCUCAACAAUCAUGCACGCAGGCUGCACCAGCGCUUUAAGGACCAAGAGACCAAAGACACUAAAGGUCAGUAUUUUGUGGUGGAGGAUGACAUUCGUGAAUUUGCUCAGGUGAAAGUGGACAAACGAUUUCAGGGGAUUCUGAACAUGCUGCGACACUGCCAGCGCCUACGGGAGCUUCGAGGAGGGAGGCUGACCCGCUACAUGUUGUUGUAACAAGACUCAAUUACACUCUCAGUUAGGGUUUUUGUUUCUCUCGUCACACUGGUAUGAGGCUUUUUACAGACUACAUAUUUGGAAGACUGCUUUGUGUAUUGUGCUCACUGUCAAACACUACAUACGAGAGGGGUUUGAUUUGUCAGAUGAGUCAUAUUGACCAGUAGUUAGAUCAGGUUCGUGGCUUCGUUAGGUUGGUAUAGUACCGCACAUUGUACAAAGCAACAAGUGACAUUGUGUCCCUCACAGAAUGUGACAGGAUUGUCAUCUAAAUAUACACACUUCACAGAUUUAACCAGGGAUAGGCUUUCAUUUGCCCCCCCCUGUAUGUCCACACAAUACUGGAAUGUGUAUAUAUGUAUGUAUGUGGGGGUAUAAAUAAAAGAAAUAGAUGUUUCUUUGUUAUAUAUUAAAUUGUCACGAAAUUCUGUAUUUUUAA